GCCAAAAAUUUAGACACAGUACAUGACAAAAACGAUUCACAUGAUACUUUGUGUUAUCCUAUACCAUGUCGUCUCGUGUUCCAAAGGCGUCCUAACAAACUCGAAAGUCGGAACGUCGAAACUCACUCUUCCUUGCUUCAUUUCUCUGUUAUCCAACACCAGUCGUCGUCAUCCACGGUUCACAAGGCCGAACAUACACUACAAGAAUCGAAGGUGCGUGCUAGCUUGUUCUCUUUCUGUAGCUGGUCAAGCAUGGGAAACAAACCCACGAAGCAAGAAAGAGAAGUCGUGUUUCCGUUGGCCCAGGACAGGCAAGAGAUUCUCUUGAAAGUUGUGCCUCCAUUGGACCAUGCUUAUCUCCGGUGGCUUGCUCGUGAUCUUGAGAGGGUUCAUGGCUUUACUCCAGGAAAUUGCCGGGCAGUGACGCCACCAGAUCAUUAUACUGAAUAUAUGCGAUUGCAAGGUUGGUUGGAUGUGAACUUGGAUGAUCCUGAUCUAGCUCAUUUGUUUCCAGGUAAAUAGUCAUGUAAUCAAGGCAGGGGGUGAUCCUCUCACAAAGUGUAAUUAGGGCAAUGGAAUUUGCUGGGAAAUUAUCAAAUUAUUAUACGUUUUGCUGUAAAUGCAUUGUAAGAACUUCAGAUAAUUUGUAAUAUCAGAAACCCCCAGUGGGACAAGAAACUUUUCAGAUAA